GAAAAACUUUGUUUCAGAUGAAAUCCGUAGCAGUACUACGAUCGUUAUCUCGACUUGCUGGACAAGCGGUCAAACUUAGCGCAAUCGGUCAAGUUCCUGUUCGCGCUAUAUCGACUUCGCACAAAGUUCUCAAUGUUGCCCCGGAACUCACUCAGGCUCUUACACGGGAAAUUCAAGCAGAACAGCAGCUUUCUCAGGAGAAUCUCGGAGGAUCUGCGGCCCCAUCUUUCCAUGGUUUCAAUCUAACAACCAAGGACGCUGAAGUUCGCUUGACCAAGCAACAUGGAAAAGAAAAUAUUCUUGUUGUUUUCAACGUCAAUCAUUCAGUAGACAUGGACGAAGGUUUUGAGGAUGAAUCACAACCAGAGGCAGCUCCUGUACCGGUAGCCUUGCCGCCCUUCACAGUCGAAAUCACAAAGGGUGACGAGCGCCUGUGCUUCCAUCUUGACCUAGUUGAAAGCGUUGAUGUUCAGGGAGAGUAUGAUUUUCGAGUUGAGGAGUUCUAUGUAGCUCCUGCAGCCAAAGAAGGCGAUGAGGAUGUCCCUGCUGAGGUUUAUGCAAGCAGCGGCAAAUACAUUGAUCCUGAUCUCCACGACUUGCUUUUUGUCCGCUAUCUAGAAGAGCGCGGAUUUGAUGCGCAGUUCUGCAAAAUUCUGGUAGCUUACGCUACUCACUACGAACACUCGCAGACGGAAGAAAAGAAUAUCAGCUACCAACAAUUAGCGUUCAACUGUUUGGCUUGAAUUUGAAGUAUCUGUCUUUCAUGAGGUUAUGCAGACUGUGCAACAAAUAUCGUAGUUCGAAAAUCUUCGAUGUAUUUGUUCACUCGUUCCUUGUACUUUGGACACUUGAUCUGCAAAAGAAGUGUACAAACACAGUCACGAUGAAAUACAUUCGGUACUCA